AUGACCACCGAGUACAUCUUCCUGUUUCAGUCAAAGAUUAUUGCUGCACGUGGGAGACCUGCUUUUCUAAGAGAAGUUCCCUCCCUCUACGAAAAUGUCCUUGAGCUCCAGCUACCGGACUGCAUCGUCAACGAGGCAUGCUUGCCCAAAAACGUGAUUCUCAAGAUUGAGUAUUCGAAAGACAGGGACCUCUUCGAUCCGCCAAAGACCGCCCUCUUCGACAACGAGACCCUCAUCUACGACCGGCUUCAACCGCUGCAAGGGAGCGUCAUACCAAAAUACUUGGGCUUGGCGAGCAUCGCGGGCAGGAGAGCGCAUCUCUUGUCAGAUAUCGGCGGCAUGUCCAUGGUCAAAAAGGAACUCCUGCGGACUGACCCAGCGACAAACUUUGAGGAGAUGAUUUCUGUUUCGCUUCGUCUCAUACGUCAACACGAUGUUCGGCUAGAAUAUCUGGACCCGUCUAACGUCCACUUGUGCGGAGAUGCGCUUUGGAUCGUGGAUCUCGAGCAUGCUCAGUUGAUUCCGUCAGACCUCUCCCACGAGGAAGAGAAAGAGGAGGAGGAUCGUCUCCGGGAACAAGCAUCCUCCCUGGCGAUUCAAAUCUCCAAGACCUAA